GAUUCAUCCAGCAAAAGCCAGCAUACAAAACAAAGCCAAUUUGGAAUUAUGGUGGAAUUCAUGGAAUCGCAUCCAAGUUUGGCCAAAGGCUACAUAAAGUGCGCUGAUGCUAAGCAAACUUCCAAGAAUUUGUGGGGACGGCUGACGGAAGAGUUAAAUGGAGAUGGACCACCUACGCGGGAUGCAUCUUCAUGGAAAAAGGUUUGGGCGGAUUACAAGAGCCACCUCAAAGCCAAAGUGCGCAAAAAUAAGUUGCACAUGUCCGGAACUGGUGGUGGCCCUGCAAAAACUAGUUCCCUUAAUUCGGUGGAGUUAAGGGCAAUGGAGUUGUUGCAAAUAAAUGAAGCAGUAGAUGGAAUAGCCGGUUCUCAAAAAUUCGGUGCAGGAAGAAGUGAAGCCACAAACAGCAUCGAAUGUGAGACUGCUCCAACCACUCCGAAUUAUGCAACUGAUUUGCAGGAUCGUGCAGAACUGCCACCUUCUACUCCUCCUUCCUAUUCCCAGGUGUCACCCAAUUGCAGUACGGUGCGGUCCCGAACUCAAAGCAAAAGCAAUCUUUUGAAGAUGCAAGUGUAUGGGCAAAAAAAAUUCCACAAAGAUUGUACUCGCAUUUUAAAAGACGUCAAUUACAAUUUAAAAUCAAUAGCAAAAACAAAUAAGAAAUCUGUGGAACAAAUGGAAGAGAGAAUAGAAAUAGAGAGACAAAAACUUAAAUUCGCAAAAUUAAAACAUGAAUACAAAGUAAAAAGCGACAUGGAGAGAAACAAAAUUAGAAUUUCAAAACUUAGAUUGAAGCAACAGCUGCUAGAUGUUAAUACACGUAGAGAUUAAUAUACAUACAUAUCAAAUAUUUGCCUUAUAAGUACAUAUG